CGCCCACAUAUCAAAUAUUACCCGGCCUGUUCGUGAGUGGUUCUAUCGUAGAAGCUACACACCCAUUUCCAGUGCUUCCUUGUUGCAUAAAUAGCUACGUUGGUAACGUUACAGGGAGCAAGGCCACAAUAAAAUAAAACAAAGUUACACACCGAGUGGACAGGGUGGAGUAUACCUUGCUAGCAACUAGCAAAUGUGUAAACGCCUAUCGAAUAUUUAUAUUCAACGAUGCACAUCAUAGCUGGUUUAUAUUGUAAGGCUAGCUGCCUCGGACAAUCAAUAUUAGCCUUCAAAGCUUGCGAACGCUAGUGAGACAUACAAAUGGCUCGUUGGUUGGCGUUACCUACCACAAAAACACGGCCUGGAGUCCUCCACCUUCGCGUUCUCACACUGCAGACAUUUAUUAACACUAUCUAAGCUUCACUGGCGACAUUUGACGUUACUAAUGAAACGAAUAUAUCAUCUAAUAAUCGAGCGCAGCGAUGCAGCUACUGCUAACCCUUAGCUAGCCCCCUACUAGCUAGCUGGUUACCCACUACGCUAGCUAGCAGCAUCGAUUGGAGCAUCAGCUUUGCUGUCCCAAAUCCCUCCGGGAGCCAUAGUAACAAAUGCAUAUUUCCAUAGUUACAACAUCCGGGACUGUUUGCGUCCAUAGUUACCAAAACACAAGGAGACAAGUGGUUUUACUUUACCAACAGCGAUAUAAUAAUAGGACUCCUUUUUGUCUUUUUACUUCUUGAAAUGCAGCUUUAGAAAAUCGCACCAUGGAAAUUAUCAAAGGUACUUUGGAUGACAUUUCUCGACCUGCAUCGAGUGAGCAGACAGGCAGCCGUGUGUCAAGCGUGUCAUUGACUUAUGGUGAAAGAAUUGAUACAACAACUCCAUUUACUCUGGUUGUUUUGAAUAACGAUGCUACUGAUGUUCAGACUGGGAGCCGUUAUGAAGAAACUACAAUCAGCUCCUCAUCCAGAGGUCCCAUUGAAGAUACUAAUGAAGAAAAUGAAAAUCCCCAACUUCAGAGGGCCUUCAAGGAAAUGAGACGACUUGAUGAAAUUCUUUCUGCAAAGAUUUGCAUUGAAAAAGAAGUCAAGCGUCAAAGGAAAGAGAUUCAAGCUAAACUCUGGCAAGAGCUCAUGAAUAAUCGUGAAGGUCACUCUGAAUGUGCCCAAGAAGCCAUGAACACAAGGCUGUUUUUGGCUCUGGAAGCACCCACUGGAACAGAAGAGGAGGACAAUUUUGUGCCUGUGUUUGAAACUCAGGUUCCUGACUGUGAGCAAACCCGAGAUAGCCAAUACUUGGAAAAAAGUGAAAAGACGCCAGACAGCUCAACAGACUUAUUUGAACAAGACCUUGAGGAGACUGGGGAAGAGCAAUUUAAAGGCAGCCACUGUGGAGCUUCCAAAGGCAAGAAAAAACAGAAGGACUUUGUCAAGAGAAACAUUGAGUUAGUAAGUAGUGAGGGGGACCGAGUGCUUUUGACUCAGGCAGAGAAAGAGCGUCUGGCCGAGCUGCUCGGAGAAGAACAGGAAGAUGAAGAGGACAGUGCCAGAGGUGCAGACAGCGAGGGGGACAUGUGGGCUGUGUCAGUCCUGACAGGCCAGGGUUACACCCCUGAGCCCUCUGACCUGGAGCAGCUGAUUGACAUUGAUUUCAAAAUGCGCCUUCUCCUUCCUGUCGAAGAAUUUGCCUCAAUGAACAGCUCGUACACAAACCUGACCCAGGGCCGUGGCUCAGAGGUUGGCUGGAAGUGUGAUGGGGACCCACAGCCAGGAGAGAAGGCCCUGCAGGAUAUAAAGGAGAGGAGAGGGCAGGAGAGGAGGCUCCACGAGAUCCAACAGCAGCUGGAGAUCCUGGGCCAGGGCCAAGAUAUGACUAAUGAGUCACUGGACCUUACUGAGGAGCAGAUACUUAGUCUGCUGGAUGACUGUGAGCUGACAGACCCGGAUCUUGAGAAAAAUGCAACAACUCCAUGAGACUCUAACAAUCUGUACAUUCCAAUACCCAAACUAACACACUAUGGAAUAUGCCAGAAAAAUAUUUAGUAUGUCUCAAUAUAUAAAAAGUCAAAAGCAGUAAGCCCAAAAGUCAGCAUGAUUUUCGAACUACGUUGACCCAAAAUUCUUGAUAUCUGCAUUACUUACUAAAUGUUUUUGUUUUUUUAAAGCAUGCGAUUUUUAAUGCAGCGAAAGACGCAAACAAUUGGGAGCCUUACUAUCAGAACGCCUAUCAAGAUGCAUAAUUCCUAGGACAGCACUAUUAGUCUGGGGUUUAUGAGAGAAACAUUACUCGAUCUAAACAUAUUUAAUUACCAGAAUAUUGUUAACCCCACACAAUUGAUAUUCAGAAUUUACAAACAUCUGAGUGACGUAACUUUUCAAAUUAUGUAAAUAUAGCUAACUAUUUGUUUCAAUGUUCUGCUACAGAACCUAAUACCUGUACUGUAUAUUUCUGAUGUGCAUUGAAUGGGUGUCUGUCUACUUUGACAAAUAAUAAAGACUAUUAAACUA